UUAGGGGUAACUCCCUGCCUUGCACCACCUUCCAGGAAGGACACUGGUCCUUGGGACCUUUCUGGAGUAAUUUUCCACUGAUGUGCUCUUUCACCCCUCCCUAUGUCCAAAAGCAUUCCUCCUUGUCAGCAUGGUUCCUGAGGGCAGGGCAGGAUGGGCUAUUAAAAAAGCUGUAUACUCUUUAACAUGAAAAUAUUUUAUAUUUAUUUUCUUUUUGUUUUGUUUUUGACUCUCUGCAGACUAACUGCUCCUAAAAUACCAGAGGGUGAGAAAGUAGAUUUUGAUGACAUCCAAAAGAAAAGGCAGAACAAAGACCUGAUUGAACUGCAGGCCUUGAUUGACAGCCACUUUGAAGCCCGAAGAAAGGAAGAGGAAGAGCUGGUUGCCCUCAAGGAGAGGAUUGAGAAGCGCAGAGCUGAAAGAGCAGAGCAGCAGAGAAUCCGGGCUGAGAAGGAGAAGGAGCGUCAGGCAAGACUUGCGGAGGAAAAGGCACGGAGAGAGGAAGAAGAUGCCAAGAGAAAAGCUGAGGAUGAUCUGAAGAAGAAGAAGGCUCUGUCCUCCAUGGGUGCAACAUACAGCAGUUACCUGGCUAAGGCUGACCAGAAGAGAGGAAAGAAGCAAACAGCUAGAGAGACAAAGAAGAAGGUCCUGGCAGAGAGGCGCAAGCCCCUGAACAUUGACCACCUUAAUGAAGACAAGCUGAGGGACAAAGCUAAGGAGCUGUGGGACUGGUUAUAUCAGCUGGAGACUGAAAAGUAUGACUUUACAGAGCAGAUCAAGAGGAAAAAAUAUGAGAUUGUCACCCUCAGAAACCGGAUCGAUCAGGCCCAGAAGCACAGCAAGAAGGCAGGAGCCAAGGGCAAGGUUGGUGGGCGCUGGAAGUAA